UCAAAGCUGAGAAAUGUGCGCUUGAGGAAGAGCCUUCACAAGAAAACGGCUGGAAUUUAAAAUGCUUUAUUAAUUUUAUUGUUCUGACACUUAGUUCAUAAUGUAGCGGUGUUGUUAUUUUUAAACAUAAAUUUUAAACGUCUUUUGUUUCGGAUAAACACAACAUCACCAAUGGAGCGGCUUAGCGUGCGAUUGUUGUUUAACUGCUAGCCGCCUGCUCCUCGGUUAAACAUUUUUCGCUUGUCAUCGUCAGUCAAGAAAAAAAAAUUAUACAUUUCUGUAAUUAGCACCGGAUUUCAUUUUUGCAUAAAAACGCGAGUCAGUUUGUUUCAAAAUGCCAGCCUCGAAUGUCCAAGCUUCUCACUCAAACCUCCGAAGUUCUCGCGAGAAGAUGCCAGCAGCAGGAUUCAAAACAAAAGUGGUGGCACCCCGAAAUCCCAAACUGGUAAAACGGGAAGCAAGUUCUGAGCUAAUUCCAUCUGUAUAUGCUCGAGAAAUGUGCCAGACUACAGAAGAACGAUUAUUAAACACUUAUGAGAUGCAUCCGCCUCGUAUCCUGGAGCUCUUAGAUAUGAGUGAGACCACACAUCACAAGUUUUCAUCAUUAGAUUUGGACCAGGCCAUGUUUCAGCCAUAUCCGUCUGAGAUUGUGUUUCAGAACUACUUACCAUUUAAGACAUACAAGGUGCCCUUAGAGCUGCGGAACAGUGACAAGGUUCCUCGACUAGUAAAGGUAAUUGAAGAUGACUCACUUUAUUUUAAAGUGGUCAGCCCGAUAGAUGCUAGUAAGAAAGUGGCCCCAGGCAUGGCAUCUACAUUCACCAUUCUAUUCACUCCACAGGAGAACAAGGAUUACAUCCACAGACUCAUAUGUGUGACUGAACGUGAAAAGUUUGAAGUUCCUAUUCGUGCAAUUGGGCCCCGUGCAAUCUUGGACUUCCCAGAUAGUCUGCAUUUCCAAGGUUGUCCAGUUAAGUUCUUGUCCCAGAGAACUCUGCUUGUGCGGAACGUAGGAAAUUGUGAGGCUAAAUUCCAGCUCAGCACGUGUAGCCCAUUUUCCAUAGAACCGUCCAUAGGAACUCUUGAUGUUGGUCAAAGCAUGCAAGUUACCAUUGAGUUCUUACCUAAAACCACAGGGGAUCACAGCCAGGUUUUGCUGCUGCACUACCAUUCAGGAGAAGACAUCCGAAUCAGCCUUUAUGGAGAGUCUGCAGAUAUAAAUGUUGGAUUGGACAAGAGCAAUGUGAUGGUGGAGAAAACCUACAUAUCCUUGGCUAGCUACGAGAAAGUGGCAAUAGUGAACAAGAGUGAUUCUAUUGUGCAUUACCAGUGGAAAAAUUUUGCAACUGAAGAUGAAGAGGAAUUGAACAAAUUAAGGCUUUCUUCAGAGCUGCAUCAAGAUGAGGAUGAUGAAAUGGAGCAGUUUCUGACAGAAAACACUGAUCCUUCUUUGCGAGCUCGUCUUUCAGUGUUUUCCCAUAGCCUCCAAGAGGGGCUCAUGCAAACUCAGCAGCAGCUUUUGUCUUUGAUUGACCAGGACAUCAUCAUGAGGCCCAUGAAGGGAGAAAUCUGGCCCAACAGCACUGCAGAGGUGAACAUCAUCUUCAAACCACAGGAAGCCAGGAUCUACCAACAGACUGUUUACUGUGAAAUCACUGGUCGUGAAUCUCGGUUGCCACUAUGCAUACAUGCAGAGGGUGUAGGCCCAAAGCUGCAGUUCAACUUUGACUUUCUAGACAUGGGUAACAUUGUCAUUGGCUCACAACAGAGCUAUAAGCUGCUUCUGACUAACAAGGGACUGAUAAAGGGUGCGUAUAAACUAGUGAAGCCCAGUACAGUGUUGGGUCUUUGCUUUUCCUUCAACCCCUCUGAAGGCGUGAUCCCACCAGGAGCCUACAAAACACUGGAGGUCCACUUCUCUUCUGACAAACUGGGUGUCUUCUCUGAGGAGUUACACUUCAGUGUGGUGGGAAACCCUGAGCCUGUAAUUGUCACAUUCAGGGGGUGUUUAAUUGGGCCUACAUUCCACUUCAGCGUCCCAGAGCUCAACUUUGGGGAGGUGUCCUUUGGGUUUCCGCAAACGCUGACAUGUCGCCUGAGCAACACUUCAGUGGUGCCCAUGAGCUUUGGACUGCGGAUCCCUGGAGAUGGUAUGGGACAUGCGAGCAUUACCAGCAUGGACCAGGUCGCUCAGCUGAACAGAAGUGAAUGGGGACCAGGAGACAAAACCGAAAGGAGACCGAAAGAGUUUUUCUUAUCCCCCAGCUCAGGCACAGUUCGCGCUAUGGCUGAGAUUGAAAUCCAGUUAACCUUUUGCUCCAACACGGUGCAAGACUACAAUAUGGCUUUAGUGCUGGAUGUUCAAAGUGUUGGAGAGGAAAUUUUGGCUCUCCCAAUCAAAGCUAGAUGUGUUGUGCCAGAUGUGGUCCUCAAGAACCCAGUUCUUCAGUUCCAGGACUGUUUUCUGGGCCGUCCCUAUGAGCAAUCAGUUGAGCUCACUAAUGAUACUGAUCUUCCUGCUUGCUAUGGCCUUCUGCCUCAGCCCUAUGAACAAAACCCAGCUCUUCUUUAUUCAAGUCCUCAUGCACGAGGGGUCAUCCAGCCGUACAGCACUGAACAGAUUCCAUUAGUUCUUCAGGCCAAGACAGUGGGCAGCAUGCAGGAGACAGCUUACAUUACUAUACUAGGUCGCCAAGACCCACCAUUGGAGCUCCUGCUCUCCUGUGUUGGCCAGGGACCUUCUGUCUCUGUCACGGCUGCCAAGCUGAACUUUGGCUCCAUUCCCGUGCUGACUGAUGUCACAAGGACUCUGCAGCUGUCAAACGACUCUCCAAUCCCAGCCAGAUUCUUUGCUCAAAUGGUGAAGAACAGGUCUCACUGGUGUGUGGAUCCCCCUGAAGGGGAAAUUCCUCCAGAGAAGAGUCUGGAAUUGAAGUUGAUAGCCCACCUGAAUGACACCUUGCCCUUCCAGGAUGAGCUUUUACUAGAAAUCCAGGAUGGACAGAUCUUUUACAUUCCUGUGUUGGCCAAAGGAAAGGGUACCACCAUAGUCACUGACCGGCCAUUUGCUCCUUACCUGGAUUUAGGAACUCACUUCAGUUCCGUUCCAUGUCAGUACGCCUUCAGAAUCACCAAUCGAGGACGUCGCACUCACCAACUAUUAUGGACCACAGAGGGGUUUCCACCGAUUCCUAAUAGAGAACUUCUGACACCUAACAAGUCUAGGAACAAGAAAAGCAAGAGUCUACAAACUUCAGUUCAAGAAGGCCCACUUUUCAGCUUAUCCCCUGCACGUUUAUCACUUGCUCCUGGCCAAUCCGCUGAUAUGCUGCUUGAGGGCUCCUCUGACGUUCCCAAGGUGGUUACAGAGAAACUGGUAUGCUAUGCUGUUGUCGGGCGUCAGUAUGUGAGAGAGUGCAUCAUAUCUGCAGACGUCACAUGCCAGUUUGUCUCGCCAGCAGUAGACAUCUCCUCUCAACAAAUCAAUUUCUAUGUGGAAAAGGCUCCAGACGUGUCUCUGGUUCCAUUGUAUCAGAGGCUGGUUCUGAAGAGCUUGUCCUCCCUAAACCUCUCCAUGGAACUGACCCUGCAUGAGCCUUUUGGAUUGUGUGAUUAUGAAGGGGAUGAACUGUAUACAACCUCAAAGAGCCUGGUGCUGGCUGUCGGAGCUCAGAAAGACCUAUGGGUGCGUUUCAACCCCAUGUAUCGACAGGACCGUGUCACCCGUAUGGUUGAGGAUGUGCUGGAGUUCUGCUACCACAGCCACCCUCAGCAGGACAGGGUAGUGCUGAGGGGCGAGGUCCACUUCCCUAAUCUCAAGUUCUCAAGUACCACAUUGGACUUUGGCUGCAUUCUCAACAACACAAAAUCCCGCCGCAAGCUCACCAUGACCAACUGCAGCCCACUCUGUAUUUCCUACCGAUGGGCCUUCCUCGUAGAUCAACAGCAUUGCCAUAUAGGGUUUUUUGAUGAGACGAGUCAAGGGACUGACGGAGACGCUGGGGGGGAAAGAAAGGAGAGCGGGGAGGCGCAGUGGGAGCUGUUAGAGCAGAAAGAAGCUGACGGCAAGACGGACACAAACAGGGAGGCUGAUGUAAUCAUACCUCAUUUGGAAGAGGAUGAAUUGCAUCACGGAAGCUCCAACGGACAGGAGCAGAAUAGGAACUGCUCGACACCAAGGCCACUGAGCACAGAGCUGGGAAGCAGACCUUUCAGUCUCACAGCCAAUGGGCAUCCGAGUGUGGGUGUGAAAGAGGUGUUUGAUAUCUCAUCACUGUAUGGGGAACUACAGCCUGGUGACACCAAGCUGGUGACAUUCUCGUUUCUCGGCCACGCUGACAUCAGCACGCAUGUGUUGGCAUUGUGUGAGGUGGAAGGAGGGCCCACCUAUGAGAUCACACUCAAGGGUCAGGCUUCCUUUGUUUCAUAUAUGCUGGACACAAACGAUAUUGACUUUGGUUUACAGUUGUUUGACCAUGUGGCUGAAGCACAGAUCACUUUGAAAAACACAGGGAAAGUUGGCUUUGAUUUCUAUACUCUAACUGGCGAGCAAGGACUCUUUGCAGAGCAACCCUUGCCUGGUCAGCCUCUCAUCGUCCCCAGCAAGGGUCACCUAGAGCCGUAUGCAGAAAUGAGUCUCAGUGUUUAUUACCUCCCAGGGAUCCCAGAAGUCUUUCACAAGACCUUUCAGUUGCAAGUGGCCUUCUAUGAGGCCGAGAACAUUACUGUAAGAGGAGAGGGUAUUUUCCCUCGACUAUGUCUGGACCUGCCUAGAGACCUGAAUGAGGAGAUAUAUGGUGCUUUGCUAAAAGAGGCAAAAGACUCAGUGGAAAGUGAAAACUCAAGGGAGGGGGUGUUGAGCAGGCUGUUCACAGUAAAGGAGGAGAUGCCACCUGAAGAAGACUACAUUCCUACUUAUGAUGCCCUGCUUCAGAUGGAGUUAGAACGACUCCUUGUAAAGGAAAAUGCCAUGGCUGUACAGAAACAACACCAACUCACAGAUCAAAGAGGAUCUGGGUCCACGAACAACUGGCUCAAGAAGCUGUGCAAGUUAAGCUUGCCCGAGUACACGCUGGACUUUGGCUAUGUCAACUUUGGCAGCAUCGUGACCCACAUCGUCAAAAUAACCAACACUUGUCCAGUUGCUGCAUCUUUCAGAGCUGACAGGAGCUCAUUGGCAGGCACAGGGUUUAGUACAGAAUUGGACAGGGUGCAGAAUUUGCCCUUCUGUGAGACGGAGACGUUUGAGUUGAAGUUUGAUGCCCGUGGGGCCAAUCUGGGAAAGAUCGAUGCAGUUAUGCCCAUACAGGUGACUAAGGGGCCUCAAGUGCAGGUGCGUUUAUGUGCGGAGGUCACCAUGCCAUCUCUCACGGUGUCAACAGACACACUGCAGUUCGACACCAUCCAGUGCGGCCUGUGUCAGGUGAUCACAGUCCAGCUGCACAAUGACGGGCCAGUGCCCUGUGAGUGGAGCAUCAGACAGGAAGAACGACCAAAGAAGAUUGACAAGCACAUCCCUCUGUACCUCAGAAGACAGGCUCAGCUGAAACAGCGGCCUCCUCCAGUUGUCUUUGAGUUAUUGCCCUCAGAUGGCACGCUUUAUCCUGGUGACAGAACAAACGUGCAGGUCAAAUUCAGCCCAGCAGAGGGGAGGGCAUACAUUCAGAGGCUAGUGAUGACAGUGGCUCAGAGCACUCAGAAGAUCCUGCUGCUGGCCCAAGGUCAGGGAGAAGAGCCUCAGCUGGAGUUUUCCUCCUUAGAACUAGAUUUUGGGUCCAUCCUGCCCUACUCAGAAGGGAAGGUGUCUGAGGUGGUUGUCCACAACCCUUGCCCCUUCCCAAUAGAGUUUUACUCUCUGGACUUCGACAAGCAGUACCUAGAAGAGGAAGAGAUCUUGCGAAUGUUAAAAGGAUACGAUGCCCAAAACAUGUUACUUCUACCCCCCCGUGCUCCUGGCGAGACUCUGCCCCCAGAACUGUUGGACUUCUACAAAGAGCAGAGCUCUCAGGAACCCAAGCAGGAUUCCGUGGAGGGUCUCGAAGAUGAAGACAAGGGGGAGACAGCUGCACUCUCUGAGGGUGAAACACUCAGUGGUAAAGGACAGGCUAAAGACAACAUCAGUGCUGGCACUGCAGUGGGGGAUCUGGAAUAUGACCCUGUUUCAAGAGUUGUUGCUCAUCAUAUGGGCAUUGAUCUUUCACCAGAAGGCAAGGCUGCCCUAAAUCGCCGGGGCAUUGCCAUCAUUGUUUAUGGUGCCCCUUUGUCAGGUAAAACAAGGACAGCUGUUACUCUGGCUAAGCACUAUGGAGCAGCAUGUCUCAGUGUAGAUGAGGUGGUGCAGGAAGCCGUGGCAUCAGGGAACAGCUCUGCAGCCCUGAGGGCAAAGGAACAAUGUGCCAAGGUCGCUGUGGUGCAUGCUCAGAAGGAAGUGGAUGAGGCGGCAGCAGAUAUGAUGCCCAACGUUGGUCAGGGUGCUGGUGUUCUUAGUGUUGAGGCAGUUGCCAAACACACAGCUGAAGGCAGCCUGCCCAGUGAUCCUAAAGUCCCCCCGUCAUCUGCCUCAACCCGAAAUAAAACAAACAUCACAGGGCAAUCACAGAAGAAUAACAGCUCCGGUCGCACUGCUUCACUGACAGAUGGUCAGGUACACAGACGUCUGAGUGUGAGUGCCAGUCAAAAUGAAGAGCUGGAGCUGAUUAGCUGCCUACUGCCUGAUGAUGUGUUGGUAGAGAUCCUGUCAGAGAGACUGCAGCUUAGCGACUGUCACUGUGGUGUUGUGAUUGACGGAUUGGAGACAGUGUACUGCCACUCACCAAGUAAAACGCUCCAGAUCAUCCUGAAAGCCUUCGACAACCGUCGCCAUAUUUAUGUUAUUAACCUGUUUAACAGCUACAGUGUCUUCAAGCUAAGAGAACAGGACAAGUUUGAGCAAGAACAAGAAGAGAGAAGACAACAGGAGCUUGAGAGUUUAAGAGAAGAGGAGAUGACACCUAGUGAGGACUGGGAUACAAAACCAAAACAUGAAGACCCCCUGCCACUUUCUGAGGACCUACAACAAGAAAUGUCCAGUGAGAGUGACAGACAACUACUGGCCCGAUUCCAUCUGUACGAACAGAAUCAGCCAGAACUCCAACACGUUCUUCAGUUCUGGGACCGAACACAGACUCUCUUAUUGCAGCCCAUGGCUGCCGAAGCCCAAGAGACUGCAGACAUAACGAACUGUCCUCCUCCCUCUGCCAAGAAGAGCAAGAAGGAACGAGAGAAGGAAAAAGCUGAGAAGGAAAAGCUGAAAGUGGAGGCUGCAGAUAUGAAGUCUCCAGCUCCCAGUCAGACCCAAGUGUCAGCUGAUGGUGCCGAGGUUUUGGAAAAGAUAGUGGUUCCACAGCCUAUCCCCUACAUCUGGCUGUCUAUAAAAGAGAAGGAACAACUGGAUGGAUUCAAGAUCAUCAGUAGCAUGAAACUACCCUCCCAUGAGGAGGUUUUGGAUGGGUUAGGGUUAGGACCUAAAGGUCCACCCAUUCCACCACCUAUAAUAUUCUCCAUAGUCCCAUACCCUAAGACAAGAUCAGUGCCCAACACACAGCUCUCCAACAGCUCUUUUACUUUUUUGAUGCCCACGUCUUUUGAGGAUCUGCCAGAAAAGAAAAAAAUAGAACUGAGAUCGGAAAUCAUUAAGGAGGGCAUGACGAUUACUAACACAUCUAAUCCUGGCCAGAGUGUACCUUCUGAGGAACCUAACCCAGAGUACAUCCAGGGACUCACUAGUUUCCGCUGGAUUGUACCAUCAAAUGGAGCCAUCACUCUAAGGAUCAGGUUUUACUCUUCUGUUCUUGGAAAUUUUGAUCAGACUUUCAGCUUUGAGGUGAUGGGGACUAAGCGAUGUUAUCAGCUAUUCUGUAGAGGAAUUUGUGCUUACCCAUCUAUAAGCAGAGACCCCAAAAUUGUGUUUGCACGCUGCAAAAAGAGUCUGCGGCCUGAGAGUGGACUUCAAAAGACUUACAUUAUCCAGUCAGAGCUGUAUGAGUUUGGACCGCUGCUAUGUGGAAAGACCAGGGACAGGUAUAAAGAAGCGAAAUAUCCCGAGAACAUGGACAAGUUUGUAAUUCACAAUACUUCUAAAAUGGAGGCAGAGAUCCUUUUUUGCUUUCAACAUGACACCAAGGCCACCACUUUCCUUCUUGACCCUCCAAAUAUGACACUGGAACCCAAUGAGCGAAAACUACUGAUGGUGUGGGCAUACCCAAAUACCCCUAAACGUAUAGAGGACAGUUUGGUGUGCUGCAUCAAGGGGAACCCAGAGCCUGUUGUUUUCCGUCUGUCCUGUAUAGGAGUCAGGCCUGAACUGGAGCUAGACCGCAAGCUGCUCCAGUUUGAAAAAACUCCACCAUACAGAAAAGAAACCCAGAGUUUAUGUCUGCGCAAUAACACCCUUAUGCCAGCUGCUUGGAGGCUGAGGGGUCUGGAGAUUCUUGGGGAUGAAUUCAGCGUGUCUCAGAACAAAGGCAUCAUAAUGCCUCAUUCUGACUUCAGGCUGCACAUGUAUUUUAUAGCCAAGAACCCUGUCAAACUGAAGAGGGCCAUUUGUUUAGAGGUGUCAGAUGUGGAGAACAUUCUUGGCAUUGUUCAACAUUCAGAGAACAUUCAGAUUAUAGCAGAGGCCUACGAUAUUGCAUUGGACAUAACCAUUCCAGAAGAUUCUGAUGGUUCAGUAGACUUCGGAACAAUCAAAGUAUCAGAAGAGGUCAAGCGGUCUAUUAAAUUGGAAAACAAAGGCAAAUAUGACAUAGCCUUUAAGUUUACUCUAGUGGCCACAGAGCCAGGAAUGCCAGAUCUGAACUCAGUGUUCUCCAUCACUCCUCAGAAAGGCUCAUUACGCCCCAACAAUAAGCCCAGUGCUGUCCAGAUUAUUUAUCACCACAACCAGGAGAUGUCCAUCAGAGAUAGCCCAAUCCUUCGCUGUCAGGUUAUUGAGCCCAGUUUAGAUGGUGGCGAGACCAUUAACACUAUACCAAUCAAAGUGUCCGUCCAGGCUCUUUUCACCAAAUACAGUGUCAAUCCCUCUAAUGAUAUCAACUUUGGCCCACUGGUGUAUGGCUCUCGCAAGAAACAGACUCUCAUUGUGGAGAACAGAGGCAGCUUUGAGAUGCGUUUCACCAUUAGGAUGUGUAAAAACGCCCCAGUUCCUGCACAGAGGAGAGGCUUGGGAAGUAAGAAGCCUUCAAAAGACAGUUAUGCUACAAAACCACCCAGUGCCAGUGAAUUACGACACACUGUGCAGAAUGAGACUGGCAUAUCAACACAGAUACAUUUGACAUGUGGCAUUUUUUCAUUGUCUCCGUGUUUUGGGGUUCUGGUACCUGGAGCCCAACAAGUGGUUACUGUGGAUUGCAAGGCAGAGCAUGUAGGCAGUUGGGAGGAAUGUCUAGCUAUAGACCUCACUGACAGAGACCCCUCUGACAACCCUGACGGGAUUCCAUACAAGCUAAUAGCAGAAGUUUGUAUGCCAGGAAUAGCGAGUACAGACAUUGCUUCUAUCUUUGAGGAGCACCGAAUCUGUAAGAACAGUAGCAUGCUACAGUGUGAGCAAUACCGGGACAGUAUGGGCAUCUAUGUACAGGACGAGAACAAGUUUGUCUUCAACAAUGUACUGGUGGGUCAUUCAGCCAAAGCCCAGUUCCGGCUGACCAAUCCAGGAAAAGUGUCCUGUGAACUCAGCCUGGUGAUCAAAACUGCCAAGACUACAACGCACAAUGCAGAGGUUUUGAGGUGACCCCUACAAAGUUGUGUAUCCCCAGCCACUCUCAUGCUUUUGCCACCAU